AAGGAGAUGUUUCUGUUGUCCCAAGUGUUUGUCAGCCUCUGGAUGCAUCUAAUGAAAAAUCUAAUGGAGCUUGUCUUUGAUGUGAUCUCUCUCCAGAAGCGUCCCAUCCAAAUAGGCAAAUGGGGCUUUUUGACAAGCUUGCAGGGUGGCUGGGCCUGAAGAAGAAGGAAGUGAACGUGUUGUGUUUAGGUCUGGACAACAGUGGAAAAACUACCAUCAUCAACCAGCUAAAGCCAUCCAAUGCUCAGGCUCAAGACAUUGUACCAACUAUAGGUUUCAGCAUAGAAAAGUUUAAGACCUCAAGUCUUUCUUUCACAGUGUUUGACAUGUCAGGGCAGGGAAGAUACAGAAAUCUGUGGGAGCACUAUUACAAGGAGGGUCAGGCCAUCAUAUUUGUGAUUGACAGUGGUGAUAAACUAAGAAUGGUUGUGGCAAAAGAAGAAUUGGAUACCCUUUUGAAUCACCCUGAUAUUAAGCACAGAAGGAUACCUAUACUCUUUUUCGCUAACAAGAUGGACCUCAGGGAUGCAUUGUCAGCAGUAAAGGUCUCCCAGCUCUUGUGUCUGGAAAAUAUUAAGGACAAACCAUGGCAUAUCUGUGCAAGUGAUGCAGUGAAAGGAGAAGGUCUUCAGGAGGGUGUAGACUGGCUGCAAGAACAAAUUCCACAAUCAAAUCAGAACGAUGAAAACGUAAAACCCUCCUGAAAUAUAAAAUCACCAGCUGCAAUGGCGGAGCCAAACAAAACAGAUCUUCACCUUUGGGCACAAAAACGGUGUUUUGUCAGUUAGGUUGGUAGUGUAAUAAACUGUUUGGCUUUGAUUAUGGCCCUGUUUGCUCUAGGUAUGAACAACUGUCUCAGUUGAUCUGAUCACAAGUGGUCAGUCGAGACUUUUCUUUUUAAAUCUCCUCACAAACAUUAUUCUGACAGUUGUUUUCUUUUAAAGCCACAUAUAACUAGUGAAGUUUAACCUAUUAGCCCAAUAAUUGAUUGACCGAUUCCCUAUUGUCCAGAAUGCAUAAAGAGCACAUUAGAAUUUAAACAAAUUAAUUUUGUCUAUAUACAUUUCUGACUACCUCCAAACGAGUAAAGGCCCGGUCACACUACACUUUUCGUUCCAUUGACUUCCAUUCAUACGCAUGCGAAUGCGUCAGGCCGGAAACGCAAGCCCGUGCGAAAAGUUUUCGCAUUUCGCUGCGUUCCAAAGUUCAAACUUGGUGAACUCUGGCCUGCGAAUUCGCAUCACGUGACACCGUGUGACCAACGGCAGAUCGAUAUGCCACAGCAUGACCUAUCUGAUUUAAAAGAAUAUCUAUCUAAAACUGCAGCGCUGCAGGAAAGUGGAGUAGAUUGUAUGUUUUUACAUUUUAGGUGUAUUAUUAUUGUUUGUGUUUUAAGUUUUUUAAAAGACACUGCAGAGCAUGACGUUGAAGCGUGCAAACUAAUUUUGCGCGCUCAAAGUGUAGUGUGACCGCUUUUCACCACUUUUGAUCACCUGAACUAUAAUGCUAUUAUCACGUGUAAAUUUGUUUGUGACAAUGCAUCUAAUAUUUGAUCAUUGCACCUUCUCUCUUGAUGAAUUACACUACUCUUCUUGACAGCCAAUGCUGUAAAGUAAAUCUGUUGAGAAACUCACUGUAACAAGUUUCUCAGACAGCUGAGCACCGUGGCUAAUAUUUUAUAUCUUAGCUGUUUGCUUAUGAAUAGAUAGAAAACUUUCCCAAGCAGUGUUUAUUCCAUUGCUUUGAAAUAAAAUAUUGGUCAAAGCUUGUUACUGUAGUGAUGUACAGUAGUGCUGUUUAGUCACUAUUUUGCUAUGAUUUACUUUUUCAUGCAUUGUAUGCAUGUUGCCUCUGAACAGUAUGAAAAUGAGAAAUUAUGACACCUCAAACCACAAAGGAAAUGUUUCUCUUUGUUCUGGAGUUAUUUAAUAGCCAUAAAUAUGUUGUUUUAAAAGCAUAUGUAAAGGAAUUGUUGCUGCAUUUUUGUCUUGUUUUGUCUAGACAGAUUACAGAUUUUUAGCAUUUUUUUUUUUCUUAUUGCGGUUUUAUUCAUCAAUAAGGGAUCUUGUAAUAGAAUGUUUAAAGAAUAAACAAACUCUGGGGCUUAGUCUGUGUAUGAUCUCUCUCUAUGAGAGAGAAAGCUGCACUAUGCUUUCAUCGAAGACAUCAGCUGGAGCUUCAUCUCAUUUAAUUAUGUGAUGAUUUAAGCAUUAUUAACAGAACAGCUGCACGAAUACGAGUGUGUUAUAGCUUUAGACCCAAUAUUGGCAGUUACUUUAUUUAUUUUUCUCUGCCAGAUAAAAUAGAUCCAAACAAAGCCAAAGCAGGAUCAAUGCUGCAUGCCACGUGUUUCGUUUCUGAAAGAAACGACUAGGAAUGAUUCAAUAAUGUGCUCCUAGCACUCCUUCUUGUUGCCACUUACUAAUAUUACCAUGUAACCUGCAGAAACGGUCACUGAAGAAUCCUAUCCACUUACGUACACACUGACCGUUUGUCUGAACAGAGUGAUACAGUAUAAACACUGAAAAUUCCCAGUGCUGCUGGCCUGUAUCAGAACUCUUGGAAUAUAUGUAUUUUGUAGUGUAGCCCAAGCAGCAUUUGUGCCAGAAUUUGAUCUGGUAUCUGUUGUAAAGGAAUGCAGCACUGUCACUUUUUGCUUAAGUUUGUUGAGUCCAGGUUAAAUUUGUCUGAGUGGAGGAGAGAAUCUUCCUUGCUAGAAAAAUAAUGCGAUUUACAAAUUAAUUCCCCCAGACUAAACAAAGUACAUCUCAAACCCCAUCGCUGCAAGGCCCAGCCAAUUCGAAUAGCAUAAAAGGAAUAAAUGUAUUCGUUUUCACCCAAAAAUGAAAAUUCUGUCAUUUUCUCACUCUCGUAUAUCAUUCCAAUAUGCCUUUCUUUGAAAGAAGAUAUUAAGAUAAAUGUCUCAGUUUUCCUCCUUCCAGUGGAAGUCAAAUUGUCGUCUUUUGUGAUUCACAGAAAUCAUGCAGGUUUGGACCAACUUAAAGAGUAACUGAUCACAGAAUUUUCAUUUAUGAGUGGAUUGUCCCGUUAAUCUAACAGCAAAUGGAAAAUAUUGCAGUAUUUCCAUCUCCCGUCUGGUGCCAGUGAACCGGCAGCACAAGAGACACACUGUGCAGAUCCCCGAGAAGAAGUGACAGCAGAUAUAAAACACAGUGGAGACUCUGAGCUCCGUGCGCAGUGU